AUGUAUUCAAUUAGACGUGAUCCUAAUAAUUCACAUUAUUGGAUGAUGAACUGCCGACAACAACAAAAUCAAGAAUUUAUUUUUCAUAAUCGUCAAAUGAUUAAAGCAAAUCAACAUUAUUUUUCCUCGACUGGAGUUUACAACAAUAGAGAUUGUUCGAUUCAUUAUCAGACAAUAAAUGAUAGUAGUAUGAAAUCUAAUGAUUUUUUGAAUGAACAAGAUUUAGCAUUACCUAUUUAUCGAGCACCAUGCACAUUUCAAAGUUCAUUAAUAACAGCUAGUAAAGAUGAUCAUUUACAUGGGAUCUUUCACCGUUCACCUGUAUCAUCAUGUUCAUCGUCAUGCGUACCGGAUGUAUAUUCACCAGGUUUGUCGUCAAGUGGAAAUUGUUCACCGCCUCCACCAUCAGCAAAUCUACCACCACCACCUUCCGAAUGGCUGAAUUAA